GCCCAGGCUUGGAGCGCAUACUCCUGAGCGGCAGGCGGUGAGGGCUUCCGCGUUACUGAGACCCCAGCCCCGCACUGAAGACUCAUGGAGCCCCCAGCACUUGGGGCCCGCCUUUCGAGGGCCGGCAGGUUCCUUCUGAAGCUGUAGGGCCCCGCCGCAGUCCCCCCCGCCAUGGCGCACGGUUUCGCAUUGGGCUGCGACCCACUGGGCCUAGGAGACCUUAGCUCUGGCUCGCUGAGCUCCCUCUGCUCCCGGGGCCACCUGGGCAGCGACUUGGGCUCCGCAAUGCGAUACCUGCCGAGGAAGCAGCAGCGGCUGCUAAAUGGGCCCCCCCGCGGAAUCCGAGCCUCAUCGCCCAUGGGACGCGUCAUCCUCAUCAACUCCCCCAUCGAAGCCAACAGUGAUGAGAGUGACAUCAUCCAUGCGGUCCGAGUGGAGAAGAGUCCAGCAGGGAGGCUAGGCUUCAGCGUGCGAGGUGGCUCUGAGCAUGGCCUGGGCAUCUUCGUCAGCAAAGUGGAAGAGGGGAGCAGUGCAGAGCGGGCUGGCCUGUGCGUGGGAGACAAGAUUACGGAGGUGAAUGGGCUGAGCCUGGAGAGCACCACGAUGAGCAGCGCUGUGAAGGUGCUGAUGGGCAGCAGCCGUCUACACAUGAUGGUGCGGCGCAUGGGCCGUGUGCCGGGCAUUAAAUUCUCCAAGGAGAAGACCACAUGGGUGGAUGUGGUGAAUCAGCGGCUGGUAGUGGAGAAAUGCAGCUUGACGCCAUCUGACAGCAGCUCAGAGGAUGGUGUGCGGCGCAUCGUUCACCUAUACACGACCUCCGAUGACUUCUGCCUGGGCUUCAACAUCCGUGGUGGCAAGGAGUUUGGCCUGGGCAUCUAUGUGUCCAAAGUGGACCAUGGUGGGCUGGCCGAGGAGAAUGGCAUCAAGGUGGGGGACCAGGUCCUGGCGGCCAACGGUGUCAGAUUUGACGACAUCAGCCACAGCCAGGCCGUGGAAGUGCUGAAGGGCCAAACGCACAUCAUGUUGACCAUCAAGGAGACCGGCCGGUACCCUGCCUACAAGGAGAUGAUUUCUGAAUACUGUUGGCUGGACCGACUGAGCAAUGGGUUGCUACAGCAGCUGUCCCCGGCCUCCGAGAGCAGCUCCAGCGUCUGCUCCUACACUUCCAGCGUCCCCUACAGCUCCACCGAGGGCUCAGGCUCCUUGCCCUCUGAUCGCAUGGAUAUCUGCCUGGGACUGGAGAAGCCUGGCAGCCAUGAGCCAGGCUGGGGACGGUCAGACACAGCUAUGCAGACGGAGCCGGACAUGGGAGCCCUCGUGGAGACCUGGUGCAGUGUGCGGCCCACGGUCAUUCUCAGGGACACAGCCAUCCGCUCUGACGGUCCCCCAUCUGCCCGCCGCCUUGACUCUGCGCUCUCUGAGUCUCCCAAGACUGCUCUGCUGCUGGCCCUCAGCCGACCCCGGCCCCCCAUCACACGCUCCCAGAGUCACCUGACCUUGUGGGAGGAGAAGAAACAGCUGAAGAAGGAGAAGUCGGGGGCCCCUGGGGAGAAGGGUGCCCUGCAGCGCUCCAAGACACUGAUGAACCUCUUCUUCAAGGGAGGGCGGCAGGGGCGGAUAGCAGGGGAUGGGCACAGAGAGGCCUGGACGCUGGACGGCGGGAGCUCAGCCAAGUCCCGCCCUCACCUGGACAUGGAAAAAGCAGGGUCAGUGGGGCCUGUGCAGAAGUUUGUCACCUGGAGACUGAGACGAGACCGGGAGAGGGGCCAGGCCCUGCUCUCUGCCAGGUCUGGGAGUCCCUCCAACCAGCUGCCCAAUGUUGAUGAGCGGGUGCAGGCCUGGGAGAGCCGACAACCCCUUAUUCAGGACCUGGCCCGGAGGCUGCUGACAGACGAUGAGGUGUUGGCGGUCACUCGUCACUGCUCUCGGUACGUGCACGAGGGUGGUGUGGAGGACCUGGUGAGGCCCCUGCUGGCCAUUCUAGACAAACCGGAGAAGCUGCUGCUGCUGAGAGACAUCAGGAGUGUAGUGGCCCCCACAGAUCUGGGCCGCUUCGACAGCAUGGUGAUGCCCGUGGAGCUGGAGGCUUUCGAGGCCCUCAAGAGCAGGGCAGUGCGGCCCCCUGCUUUGCGGCCAGCCCGGCAGGACACACCACCCAAGCGUCACCUCAUCACCCCUGUGCCUGACAGCCGUGGAGGCUUCUACCUGCUGCCUAUGAAUGGCUUCUCAGAGGAAGAAGAUGAUGGGGAGCUGAGGGAGCAGCUGGGGGGCCUCAAGGUCUCCCUGGGAGCCUCUGCCUCCCACCAUCCCCACAAAGGGUUCCCCCCUCUCCAAGAUGUGCCAGUCGAUGCCUUUGCCCCACGCCGAAGCACCUGUGCACCCCAUCCCCAACCACCUCCUGUUGCGCCACGGCCCCCGCGGCCUAACUGGCUGCUGACAGAGCCCCUGACCCAUGAGGACCCUCAGCGUAUCCAGAGCCAGGGCCUAACCCAUAGCCGCAGUCGAAGCCGCAGCCGAAGUCGGGGCAAGUCCCCUGGACGCAGGCGCUCCCCGUCCCCGGCACCAGUCCCUACCCCGAGUACGGCCAACGGGCGCUACCACAAGCCUCGAAAGGCCAGGCCCCCUCUGCCACGGCCUCUGCAUGAGCAGAUAGCCAAGGUGGGGGACAGUCAAGGGCCUUCUGAGAAUGGAACUGGCAGGACCCCAGCCAAGAAGGCAGCCCCGAAGGCCCCUGGUGGAGAAUUGAGGACAGUCACCCUGUCCAAGAUGAAGCAGUCCUUGGGCAUCAGCAUUUCUGGGGGCAUUGAGUCCAAAGUGCAGCCCAUGGUGAAGAUAGAAAAGAUUUUCCCUGGGGGGGCUGCCUUCCUCAGUGGGGCCCUUCAGGCUGGCUUUGAGCUUGUGGCAGUGGAUGGAGAGAGCCUGGAGCAGGUGACCCACCAGCGAGCAGUAGACACCAUCCGCCGGGCUUAUCGAAACAAGGCUCGGGAGCCCAUGGAGCUUGUGGUCAGGGUCCCCGGGCCCGACCCACUACGCUUACCCUCUGACUCAUCAGCCCUCAGGGAUCAGCACCUUCCUGCUGACCCAUCCCCUGCCCAGGAUCCCGAUGCUAGUCCAGUCCCCUUCUACUGGUUCCCAGAACCUCCUAUCAACACCCAGAUCCCCCCUACUGAUGCCCUUCUCACCAACACCGACACGCCACCCACUGACCCAGACCACACCCACUGAUGCUCAGAUCUCCUUCCCACUGAUGCCAGGCUUCUCCUGCUGACCUCCAGCCAUCCUCUCUUCAACACUCGAAACUUGACACUAAGAGAUACAACCCCAGACUCUUCCGACCUAUCCCAUGACCCAUCCCACUGAUCCCUAGACUCCUCU